GGGGUCAAACCCAACUUGCUCAGUAAACUGCGUUUCAGACGACAGCUACCAAUUACACUAGACCUGCACCUCCUUUCACUGUAGAGGACUUCUAGGUCGAACUAUCAAACCACGCGUUGCCGACACCCUGCAUUUCGUGCCCUUCCAUUACGUUCUUAACGAGCUACAAGUUACCCCCAGCACCUGACACGCCUGUGCGGGGCUGGGGGACCGGUUUAAGCGUUAUUUUGUGGACACUCUGUCUCGCCUAGGUUUGGCUCUAGGCCUGCUUUAGCCCCUGAGGUGUGCACCUGAAAAAUGGUUUUGCAAGAACUAGGAAGCCGAAUCAGCAAGGCCGUGGCCACGCUAGCAGCGUCUAGUGUGAUCGACGAGAAGGUCUUGGACGCGCUGCUAAAAGAGAUCUGCACAGCCCUCCUUCAAUCAGACGUCAACGUGAAGCAGGUCGCAAACCUGCGCAACGGUGUCAAGAAGCGCGUGAAUAUCCAGGAGUUGGCGGCCGGCCUUAACAAGCAGCGUGUCAUUGAAAAGGCUGUUUUCGAUGAGCUGUGCGACAUGCUCGACAGCGGGGCGGACCCGAAGAAGCUGGAGCUCAAGAAGGAGAAGGGGAAGCAGCAGGUGGUCAUGUUCGUGGGUCUGCAGGGCAGCGGCAAGACCACCACUUGCACCAAAUACGCCUACUACUACAAGAAGAAGGGCUGGAAGCCGGCGCUUGUGUGCGCGGACACGUAUCGUGCGGGUGCCUUCGACCAGCUCAAGCAGAACGCCACCAAGGCGCAAAUCCCCUUCUACGGCUCCUACAAGGAGACCGACCCCGCGGCCAUCGCGCAGCAGGGUGUGCUGCGCUUCCGCGAGGAGGGCCGCGACCUGAUCAUCGUGGACACGUCGGGUCGCCACAAGCAGGAGGCGGCCCUGUUUGAGGAGAUGAAGCAGGUGGCAGCGGCCGUGUCGCCCGACGUGAUCAUCUUCGUCAUGGACGGCAGCAUCGGCCAGGCCGCGUUCGACCAGGCCAAGGCCUUCAAGGAGGCGGUGGAGGUGGGCGCCGUCAUCAUCACCAAGCUGGACGGCCACGCCAAGGGAGGUGGCGCGCUGUCGGCGGUGUCCGCCACCAAGUCGCCCAUCAUCUUCCUGGGCACGGGCGAGCACAUGGACCAGUUUGAGUCGUUCGAGACCAAGCGCUUCGUGCAGCGGCUGCUGGGCAAGGGCGACGUGUCGGGGCUCAUGGACAAGAUCCAGGACGUGAUCCCGGAGGACAAGCAGCCCGAGCUGCUGGACACUAUCAGCAAGGGCAACGUCAACAUGCGCGUGCUGAAGGACAUGUUCGAGAGCGUGCUGGAGCUGGGGCCCAUGAGCCAGAUGAUGUCCAUGCUGCCGGGCUUCAACAGCGAGCUGAUGCCCAAGGGCAACGACAAGCAGAACCAGAUGAUGAUCCGGCGAUACAUCACCAUCAUCGAGUCCAUGACGGACAAGGAGAUGGACACCACCAACAUCAAGAUGCUGUCGGAGACCAGCCGCGUCAACCGACUGGCGCGCGGGUCCGGCUCCACACCGGCGCAGGUGCUGGCGCUGCUGGAGUCGUACAAGCACUACUCCAAGUACGCCACGCAGGCGCUCAAGGCCGCCAACCUGCCCAAGAACCUCAAGGGCAUGAAGGGCGACGUGCAGAUGAACCCGCGCCAGAUGCAGGCGGCGCUGGGCAAGAUGAGCCGCGCGCUGCCGCCGCAGCUGAUGCAGCAGCUGGGCGGCAUGUCGGGGCUGCAGAGCCUCAUGAAGGGGCUGGACGGGAAGAUGAUGGGCGGCAUGGGCAAGUGAGGGGGAUGCGCGGAUGAGGCGGACGAGCCAACGCCGACAUCCCUGCCGGCGCGGCGGCUGACGCUGCGCCCGAGCCCCAGACCCGGCGCCAGCAGCGGCCGCUGCCACGCUGGCGACCCAGGGCCCGAGCCCAUGCAGGUGAUGCUGCGGCUGCAGCUGGAGGCAGUGUGUUAAGAGGCGGCGCGGGAGGCGAUCUGGUGGGUCGUCAGUUAGGUGGUGGGCUGGAUGCAAUAUCCUGCGUAAAGCAAGGCGCAUUGGCGCAGACUGUUUAACAGCUGUACAGUUUGACGCAUGGUCUUUCAAUGCGGCCGCAGUGUGGUGUGACGCAGUAUGGUGUGUGGGCGGCGGUCUGGAGGUUAGGACCUGGAGUUCAGUUGGCCAUUGCCGGUGCGUCGUAGUGCACACGCACCGUGCUUUGGCAGACGUGGCCGUGAGAGGUCGUGUGUGACCGCGUCGGUUAGUUUUGGGUCGCAUACAGGUAAUGGCGCGGGCUCACAGUUUGGUAUGUUAGUGUAUGAAUACAGUACGCUGCGCCGGCAAGCGGCGCAUAUGUUCUGGUGGUGUGGGUCCCGAGUCAAGAUGCGGCCGGGGCGACAGGAGGUCUGGCUGCAGGAGGCGCUGAGCAGGGUAUGGGCUUGGGAAUGAGGCGAGGCACUCAACACGCGCGGGCUGACAAUACCAUCGUGGUAACUCAUGUUGCAUUACAGUGCGUACCGUAUGUAACACUUAUCUGCACGAGACACGUGAGCGAUAGGGGUCAAAGGAGGUCAACAUGGCACUCCGGCACUCCGUCAUCAGGCGGGUAUUGUAAUGCAUGGUGUAAUGCCCAAUUGCC